GAUACGACCAGCCCUCCCUCCGUGACGUCACUUCAAACAUGGCGGCGCCCCAUGCCGCGGCCGGAGUGGAUGGAGGGAGCAGUGGAAAGGAGCUGAUAAUGACGGAUUCGGACACCGGGGAGGCGAAGAGACCUCAGUUCGGGACCCGUUUCCUCACAGACCCGCGGCAGGUCUUCCAACACAACGCAUGGGAUAAUGUGGAGUGGACAGAGGAGCAGGAGACAUCUGCCAAAAAGAAAGUUUCAGAGAACAAUCAGCCUCUACCUUCAGAGAAACAAGAGGAAUACGACGUCCGGGCGAACGAGUACUGGAAUGAUUUUUACACAAUCCACGAGAAUCGUUUCUUCAAAGACCGUCACUGGCUCUUCACAGAGUUCCCAGAGUUGGCCCCACGGUGUAGCCUCAACCAGGAGUCCCAACCGGAGGUCUCUAGCACAGAACACAGUCAGCCAGCUGGACUGGACCAAGAGCAAAUACCAGAUGUUGCAGCUUUGUCUCUCACGGAUGGUGCCUUCCCCGGCUCUUCUGCCAAAUAUCGCAUUCUGGAGGUUGGCUGUGGUGUAGGAAAUACAGUUUUUCCAAUUCUAAAGACCAACAAUGACCCAGGACUCUUUGUUUACUGCUGUGAUUUCUCCAGCACUGCUGUGGAGUUAGUCAAGAUCAAUCCAGAGUACGACCCCGGGCGCUGCUUUGCCUUUGUUCACGACUUGAGUGAUGUGGAAGCUAAUUACCCCGUACCCAACGGAACCCUUGAUGUUAUUGUACUAAUCUUUGUGUUGUCAGCGUUACAUCCCAGCAAGAUGCAGGCGUCAAUUAGUAGAUUAGCGAGGCUGCUGAAGCCUGGUGGAGUGAUGCUGCUCAGAGACUAUGGACGCUACGAUAUGGCACAGCUUCGCUUCAAGAAAGGCAGGUGUCUGUCUGAAAACUUCUACGUACGAGGGGAUGGUACCAGAGUAUAUUUCUUUACUCAAGAUGAGCUCCAUGAGAUGUUCGCCGAUGCAGGGCUUGAGAAAGUGCAGAACCUGGUGGACAGACGGCUGCAGGUGAACAGAGGCAAACAGCUCACCAUGUACAGAGUGUGGAUCCAGUGCAAGUACCGCAAGCCUCUGAUUCCGCCGCCUGAGGAUGAAGAGAAACCCUGCCCGGUUUAAAACCCAGAGCUCAAAUCAAGACAGUGCUCAACCUUUUUCUGAGGAUGUAUGGAAAUGAAAAGCUCUUUUGUGAUUGAGAUAAAGGGAAUGUUGCUGGAUAGUUAUAUGCCAUAAAGGCCUUUAAUUACCUCAGCUGUCCUGAUGUUGACAGGCUCGUAUUAUGGCUUGUGUCUCUUAUGGUGCUAUGGUUCUGAAAGAAAUGAUAUCAGAUAUUUUGCUGAUGGAUUCAGUUAACAUAGAGGAUCGGUUAUCCCUUCAGAAAUGUUUAUAUAAUGCUGUGUGCUGAUGCAGUUUUUAAUGAGCUGAUGUUUUGAAAUAAAGUGCAUGAUUUUUAAGAUAACA